GCAAGGUAGAGGAAGAUUGGCACAGAUGUUAGCUGAGGGACAAUGUUCCUCACACACAUACACACAAAGAAGAGGAGUGACGUUCAUAUUUGACAAGCACCAAGGCAAGGGCACACACCAAGACUUACCCCAGCUUGGAUCGUGGAGGCUGCUGCCAUGCUGGGCAUUCCCCUCAGCUGCUGGAUUUGGGGGAGAUCUGGGAUGGUCACUAGCAGGGCUCAGUGCAGUAGCUGCUUACCAAACUGUGGUGGUAUUUCAAUACUUAACAAGUGAGUUCAGCUGUUCAGGUUUGUACCAUUGAGUGCAUCUGUAUAUCAGCCAGCUCAAGCAUAGGCUUUGCUCUGUGACAUGCCAUACCUAAGAAGCAUAUACCAAGCCAUACAGCAAGCCCUGGUAAGUCUGGAGCAGAUUUACCUCGUUAGUAAGAAUACCUAUUUUGAAUUUUUAGGGAGCAGACUAGGUCUUAUUCCAUGUUAUAAAGAUCUUUAAUUCAACAUAGUCAUAUUUGCGAGCUGUACUGUAACAUUAAAAAAACCCUUGGUCAUGAAACAUGCACAAGUCGGUAUGUUCCUCUAGUGAGAGCUGUAGGUAUUUUUUGAUGCAUUUCAUUAUCACAUUUGAAAUGUUUACUAUUUAAUAGUGCCUGAAAUUUACUAUUGUUUUGUCUCUUAGGUAGCAUGAUAAGUUACCAGCUGUCUUUGAAACAGUGGGGUUAUCAAGGGCUGUUAGAUAAUCUUUUCUUGACACCAAUUGUUCUCUGUUAUGACAUACAUUUGAAGAAGUUAUAUUUUUGCAAAAUCACUGUAAAACUUGUUUACUAUUUUUAUUAAUUUCAGAAAAAUAUUAUAAGCAUCAAAUGUAUUUUCAUAUAUAUAUACCCUAAUGAUAUAGCUGAAACACUGACCAUUCCAUUGUAGAGUUUGGAAAAAUGCUUGUUUAGACCACUUAUAUCUUGUGAGACUUAACUCACUCAUGUUCCUGCCUCCUCCUUUCUUCACUGCCCCAGUCCAUCGGGAUUUUCCGUAUUGAGAAAUGCUCUAGCAUUUAGUAUGAAUAAUAUUAAUAUUUUACACUUGUUUACAGUCUUCUGUUAUUGCCCAUUCUCUGUGUUAUCUUUUCUUCGUCAGUAGAGACUAUUUCUGAAAUUGUACACUUUCCAUGACAGAAUAUCAAAACUAAGCACAGAAAAGUCAUCGAGCAAUUACUUGACAUGUAUUGCUCAGAACCUACGGUACUGCCAGAAAAUUUCACUAUAUGAAAUAUUUCUCUCUAAAAGUAUAGACAAUUUAACUCUUUAAGCUAUGCCCAUAUGAGGGUAAGAACACUAGUUGAGCAAGAAUACGUUUAUGUCAUUUCAGGAUUUGGUGACAUUUGGGGAUGUGGCUGUCGAUUUCUCUCAAGAGGAGUGGCAAUGGCUGAACCCUGCUCAGAGGAAUUUGUACAGAAAAGUGAUGUUGGAGAACUAUAGAAGCCUGGUGUCACUGGGAGUUUCAGUUUCUAAGCCAGAUGUGAUCUCAUUAUUGGAGCAAGGAAAAGAGCCCUGGAUGGUGAAGAAGGAGGGGACAAGAGGCACAUGCCCUGAUUGGGAGUAUGCACUUAAAAACAAUGAAUUUUCAUCAGAGCAAGUUAUUUAUGAAGAAUCAUCCAGAGUAGCAACAAUGGGAAGAAGCCAUCUUAGUUAUAGCCUUGACUGCACCAGUUGGAGAGAAGACUGUAAAAGUGAGGACUGGUUUAAGAAACAGUCGGGAAGUCAGAAGGUACAUUCUAGCCAACUGAUGAUCACUCAUAAAAGUAUGCCCUCUAAAAAUCCAAGUACUGAAUACACUAAGUCCUGGCAAACUUUCCAUCAGGAUGCAAUAUUUGCUAUAAAACAGAGUUUUCCCACCAAAGAAAGAGUACGUAAGCAUGAGCCACAAAAGAGAAGUUACCAAAAAAAACCUGUUCAAAUGAAACAUAAGAAAGUCUAUGUAGAAAAGAAACUUUUGAAAUGUAAUGAAUGUGAGAAAGUUUUCAACCAGAGCUCAUCUCUUACUCUUCAUCAGAGAAUUCACACUGGAGAGAAACCCUACGCAUGUGUUGAAUGUGGGAAAACCUUCAGCCAGAGUGCGAACCUAGCUCAACAUAAGAGAAUACAUACUGGAGAGAAACCUUAUGAAUGUAAAGAAUGUAGGAAAGCCUUCAGCCAGAAUGCACACCUUGCUCAACAUCAGAGAGUUCAUACUGGAGAGAAACCUUAUCAGUGUAAAGAAUGUAAAAAAGCCUUCAGCCAGAUUGCACACUUGACUCAACAUCAGAGAGUUCAUACUGGAGAGAGACCUUUCGAAUGUAUUGAAUGUGGAAAGGCCUUUAGUAAUGGUUCAUUUCUUGCCCAACAUCAGAGAAUUCAUACAGGAGAGAAACCUUAUGUAUGUAACGUGUGUGCAAAAGCCUUUAGCCAUCGUGGAUACCUAAUUGUACAUCAGAGAAUUCAUACUGGAGAGAGACCCUAUGAAUGUAAAGAAUGCAGGAAAGCCUUCAGCCAGUAUGCACACCUUGCUCAACAUCAGAGAGUUCAUACUGGAGAAAAACCUUAUGAAUGUAAAGUAUGUAGGAAAGCCUUCAGCCAGAUUGCAUACCUUGAUCAACAUCAGAGGGUUCAUACUGGAGAGAAACCCUAUGAAUGUAUUGAAUGUGGGAAAGCCUUUAGCAAUAGUUCAUCACUUGCACAACAUCAGAGAAGUCAUACUGGAGAAAAACCUUAUAUGUGUAAGGAAUGUAGGAAAACAUUCAGCCAGAAUGCAGGCCUUGCUCAACAUCAGCGAAUUCAUACUGGAGAGAAACCUUAUGCAUGCAAUGUUUGUGGGAAAGCCUUUAGCUAUAGUGGAUCUCUUACUCUACAUCAAAGAAUUCAUACUGGAGAGAGACCCUAUGAAUGUAAGGAUUGCAGGAAAUCUUUCAGGCAGCGUGCACACCUUGCUCAUCAUGAGAGAAUUCAUACUAUGGAGUCAUUCUUGACUCUUUCCUCUCCCUCACCCUCCAUGUCCAGUCAGUUGCCAAGACCUCUAGGUUUUAUCUCCUAAAUAUGCCUUGAAUCUGACUCCUUUAAUCCAUUUCCAUCAUCUUUGUCCAAUACACAGUAAUCUAUUUGACAUGGACUAUGGAAAUAGCUUUCUAACUGUUCUCCCUGUAUUUAUCAUUUCCUUUGUCAAUUGUCCACAUUGCUUGUAUUUAAAAGCAGUUUGUGCAUAUCACUUCUCCCUCAUUAAAACCCCUCACUGGCAUCCCACAGUUGUUAGGUUAAAGCACACAUUCCUCAAAAUAGCCUAGAAGUUUCUCCAAACCCCCAAUACUUUGUUCCAGUCUACCUUCCAAAGCCCUAUCUCAUGUCAGUAUCCAUCUCAUUCUUUAGAUACUUAUCCAGAAUUAAGAACUCAUAUUCCAGCAUCAAAUACAUCUGGAUUCCAAUCCUUAUUCUUCCAUUUCCUAGCCCUCUAAUUUUGGAGAACAUUUUGUCCUUUGUAAGCUUUAGUCUUAUUUAUAUUAUGGGAAUAAUAAUGGUACUACCUCAAAAGUUAAUGGGAGGAUUAAAUGAGAUAAUGCAUGUAAAUUGCUCAGCAGAGUGCCUAGCAUAAAGUAAUCACUCAAUAAACAUUAAUGUAAGAUGAAAAGAUACUGUGGUAUACAAAGAAGACCUGAUCAUCUCAGCAAUGAUCAGCUGAGAAAUAACAAGCAGCAGCUCAAGACUCAAGAGAUUGUAAAUAAUUUUGAUUAAGAACAGUAGUCACUGUUCUAAAGAUGGGUGACAAGGGUAUCUAAUACAGUAGGAUGAUACAGAGUAAGAUGGUAGCUUCUAUUUCAGCAUGAAUAUAUAGGAUAUGACUUUGUUGGUAAGAAAAACUAACUUCAUUACAUAUUCAACAGUUCUAAGUAGCCAGAUUUUAAAAAUCACUUGUAAUAAGAUAAGUAGAAUUUAUUGAGGUGUAAUCAUUUACAUUGAAACAAAUGUGAAAUGGAUAUUAAAAAAGACAGAAAACUUAAAAUGAUCGACAACCAAAGAAGAAUAGAAAAUAAAGUGUAAGUUUGAACUCCCCUCUCCAAAUUCCAGGUGGAUGAGUGUAUUAAACCUAUGUCUAUUUAAAUAAAAUAUUUAUAGAAUAACCAUAUUCUAUUUAAAACAGAAAAA